AUGCCGAACUUCCGCGCUAGUAACAUCCUGGGUGACCCGUUCGCCUUAGCGACACUAUCCAUCUCCAUCCUGGCAUGGCUCAUCGCUUUCGUCGCCUCUAUUGUGUCGGAAACGCAGCCCAACAACCAAUAUCCCAACUAUGAUUGGUGGGCAAUUUCUUAUAUGUUCUGUGUGAUCCUUGGCCUGAUUGUCACGUUUGGCACGGACACCUGCAAUGUUUACGGCGUCGCGAUCGUUGGCUACCUUGCCUGUGGUUUGGUCCUGGCUUCGACCAGCGCAAACAACUUAAUCUACAGCCACCAGGGCGCCCAGCAAGCCGCCGGUGCAGGCUUCAUCCUGAUUUCCAUGGUCAUUGUGAUCUGGAUCUUCUACUUCGGCUCUUCACCCCAGGCCACUCACCGCGGAUUUAUCGACUCUUUCGCCCUGAACAAGGAGCAGCCCGAUCCCUCUUCCUACCGCGGCAGCCGCCCGAUGUCCAGCGCAUUCGGUGCUCGCCCAGAAACCAUGGCCACCAACAACACCCCACAAAUGUACACCUCCGCCCAACUGAGCGGCUUCGAGACCUCUUCCCCCGUCUCAGGAUUCCCCGGUGGAGCCCCCGGUGCCGAGCGCAACUCUUCCCUGGCCCGCUUCGGAGCUGCCAGCACCAGCCCUGUGCCCGGUCCCAGCACUGGAAACCAGGAGGCCAGCGAGGUGCCCCAGCCUACUGAAUACCCCUACCGCGCAAAGGCGAUCUACUCGUACGACGCCAACCCCGAAGACGCCAACGAGAUCAGCUUCGCCAAGCAUGAGAUUCUCGAAGUAUCCGACGUCAGCGGCCGAUGGUGGCAGGCUCGGAAAUCAAAUGGAGAUACCGGCAUUGCGCCCUCCAACUAUCUCAUCCUCUUGUGA